AUGGUAGAAUUCAAGGGUUACGCUCUUACUGAUCCAUCUGCAUGGAGCAAUCUCGAAUUGGUCUCGUUCAAGCCAAAGACAUUCGAAGAUGAAGACGUCGAGGUCGCAAUCACGCACUGCGGUAUCUGUGGAUCAGACAUCCACACUCUCACCCAGGGAUGGGGGAAGAGCAGACUGCCCCUGGUUGUCGGCCACGAGAUCGUUGGUAUCGUAACACGCGUUGGAGCGAACGUCAGCGAGUUCAAGGAGGGCGACCGUGUCGGUGUCGGCGCCCAGGUGGCGAGUUGCGGCAAGUGCACGUUCUGCAAAGAAGACGACGAGAACUACUGCAUGGACGGAACGGUGCACACCUACAACGACGUGUACCCAGACGGUGUGAUUACCCAGGGCGGCUACUCGACGGGCAUUCGCGCGCACCAACAGUUCGUCUUCAAGAUCCCAGACGGGGUCGAAUUGAAGGACGCUGCGUCGAUGUUAUGUGCUGGCCUCACGGUGUUCGCCCCUCUCUACCGUCACGGCGCUGGCCCUGGCAAGAAGGUCGGCGUCAUGGGCAUCGGCGGCCUCGGCCACUACGCCAUUAUUUUUGCCAAGGCAAUGGGUGCAGAAGUUUACGUGUUCACGCACAGCCCGAGUAAGGCGGACGACGCGCGCAAGAUGGGCGCAGACCACGUCAUCGACACGCACGACGAUGCCUUCCACAAGCCAUAUGCCGGCAAGCUCGACAUCUUCAUCUCGACCAUCGACGUCUGGCGCCCCGACCGGCCGUUCCGCACUUAUCUCUCCAUGCUCCGCGUCCACGGCAAGUUCGUGAACGUUGGCCUCCCUGACGCCAACAACCCGCUGCCGCCGAUGCACGCCUUCGACCUGCAGACGAACGGCGCGUUCAUGGGCGGGUCGCACCUUGGCUCGAAGACCGAUUGCUAUGCGAUGUUGAAGCUGGUCGCGGAGAAGGGCAUCAAGCCGUGGGUGCAGGAGGUCCCGAUGAGCCAGGCGAAGACUGCGCUUGAGGCUGUGAAGCAGGGUAACGUCAAGUACAGAUACGUGCUGAAGCAGGACAUCGCCCCUGUACCCUAUUGA